AUGGCCAUGGAGGAGUUGAGAUGUCCAGGCCUGACAGCCCGCGCUGAAGUGCCUCAGCCCCAGAUUCUGGUCACAAAACUGGACUUCAACAGCAGUGAUGGCAGCCUGGCCAUGAAUCUCCCCAUGGCUCUAAGGGUUUUCAGUGUGGACUACCACCAUGUGCAGGCACCAUUUGAGAUAGUGCUGUGGAUCAUGUUGGCCUCAUUGGCCAAGCUGGGGUUCCACUGGUCAGGUCGUGUUCCAGCAGUGGUCCCAGAAAGCUGUCUGCUUAUCAUGGUUGGCCUGCUGGUGGGAGGGGUUAUUUACGGCGUCCGCCACUCUGCCCCGCCCACUCUCAGUGCUGACGCCUUCUUCCUCUUUCUGCUUCCGCCAAUCGUCUUGGACGCAGGGUACUUCCUGCCAGGGAAACUGUUUUUUGAAAACCUUGGCACAAUCCUCUGGUAUGCCGUUCUGGGAACCUUGUGGAACGUACUGGGCAUCGGCCUGUCCCUGUACGGUGUGUGUCUGCUGGCCCACAGCUCCCUCGGAGACAUCUCUCUGCUCCACUGCCUACUAUUUGGCUCCCUAAUUGCAGCCGUGGACCCAGUGGCCGUACUUUCUGUCUUCCAGGAGAUCCACGUUAAUGAACAGUUACAUAUCCUGGUGUUUGGCGAGUCACUGCUCAAUGAUGCUGUUACAGUGGUGCUUUACAAGCUAUUUGAGUCCUUCCUACGUCUGCCAUCUGUGUCUGGGCUGGAUGUACUGCUUGGGGGCUGCAGGGUGGUGGUGGUGGGCCUGGGGGGGCUGUUUGUGGGUCUGUUCUUUGGCCUGGUGGCGGCCCUCACCUCUCGGUUCACCUCCAGAGCCCAGGUCAUCGCCCCACUUUUUGUCUUCCUCUAUUCCUACUUGUCCUAUCUGACCUCUGAGAUGCUUCACCUCUCUGGUAUAAUGGCCAUUGUGACGUGUGCCGUGACCAUGAAGCAGUACGUCGAGGCUAACGUGUCCGAGCGCAGCAACACCAGCAUCCAGUACUUCCUGAAGAUGUGGAGCAGCGUGAGCGAAACCUUGAUAUUCAUCUUCCUGGGCGUGUCCACCAUACAGGACGUUCACAUGUGGAGCUGGCCCUUUGUCUGCUCCACCCUGCUGUUCUGCCUGGUCUGGAGGGCCACAGGUGUUCUCUUGCUGACUGCUGUGGUGAACAAGCUGCGGAGGAACGCUGUGACAUUUAGAGAUCAGUUCAUUAUUGCCUACGGUGGCCUGAGGGGCGCAAUUUGCUUCUCCCUGGUCUUCCUCAUUGAUGACUUCCCCAAGAAGAGACUCUUCAUCACAACAACCAUUGUAGUCAUCCUAUUCACUGUGUUUGUGCAGGGGAUGACCAUAAAGCCGCUGGUGGAGCUGCUGGAGGUGAAGAGGAAGAAGAGAGUUCUUCCUACUGUCAGCGAGGAGAUUCACAGCAGGCUCCUAGACCAUCUGCUGGCGGGGAUAGAGGACGUCGUCGGCUACUGGGGACAACAUUACUGGAAGGACAAGUUCGAGCAGUUUAACAGAAAGUACCUCCGUCGCUUCCUGAUCCGCGAGGAGCACCAGGCUCGCUCCAGCAUCCUCAGGGUUUACCAGGAGCACGAGAGACGGGAGCAGAGGGGAGAGGAGGAAGCUCCACCACUUGUUGACCCUCGUUUCCAGAAUCGACCCCUCCUACCAGAAGAGAUGGACAGCAUCAGACGUAUCCUCUCCAGAAACCUGCACAACUUUAACAACAAGCAAAUCCCGGCCUACAGCAGACACACUCUCCAACACGAAGCCGUUAUGGAUCGAGCAAGGAAGCCACUUCGUAGGCACCAGAGUCUGGGAGAGAGAUACACAUACGCUUCACACACACAACGGCCACAGGGUGAAGACAGGGAGUUUGGCGGCUCGCAGAGGGUGAGGACAGGCCUCAGCAGGUCUCACACAGUUUGCUCCAUGAGCCCGUGGCCGGUCGACUCCCCGGCCCCUGCAGCUCCAGCCGGGCCUGUGAGAGCCGAGCCGGGCAGCCCGGCAGCAGGGGGAGAACAGGUCCUCUCACCGCAGCAAGACUCCGCGGAUAAAACCCCUAGAAAACAGCUCAGCUUCGUCCUGGAGAACGAGAAGGAGGUACAGAGUCAGAGACAAAGUGGUAGACACGGGGGAAAGUGA